AAAAAACACGACCAUUGAAGUGGCAGUACAAACUAUAUUGAAAGUUGCGGCCAGCGACAAACAACAGACUGCAUCCAUUAAGCUUCCAGGGUCAGCUGAUCUCCGAAAGCGUAAAAAAACGGAAGUUUGCGAGAACGGCGGAGUUAUGCGCCCUUUGAGUGCGUCUAGUGCGUCGAGUCGACCGGGCAGACGAUGAUGUUGUCUCCGCUGAUCCUGUUAAGUCUGACCCUGUCCUGCUGCUGCGGGAGGAAUCUCCCUCCACCUGUCGUCAACAUUAGCUUGGACGAUAACCCCGAAAUGCGAUGGGCGCCCCUAUUGAAAGUGUAUGACAUAGACUACUUGAAGAAAGCUGCCGCUGAAGUCAUUGAUACCACAGUCCCAAAAUGGGUGCAUCAAGCUUUUGCCCCUGUUGUGGUGGCCUUGGAAAAGUACAUACCUCAACCCUAUGCUGGGGAAAUACGUGGCAUGGCUUCACACUUGGGAGCGCGCCUAUCAGAUAUCAUCAUGCUCAACUUUGCCUAUGAAAUAUCUGCGUUUUGCACCAGCAUUAUAGCUCAGGACACAAAUGGACAUGUGUACCACGGCAGGAAUCUUGAUUACCCACAUGAUGUUCUGAGGAAUCUGACUGUCAAUGUAAACUUUCUCAAGAAUGGGGAGGUGGUUUAUUGUGGGACAUCUUUUGCCGGCUAUGUCGGCCUGUGGACAGGACAGAGUCCUAACAAGUUCACCAUCUCCGGGGACCAGCGUGGAAAGGAACACUGGUGGGAGUGGUGGAAGAAUGUGGUGUCGGCUUUUCUGUUGAGGAGAUCUCCAGUCAGCUGGUUGGUGAGGGAGACCUUGGAGGGAGCAGAAAACUUUCAGGAUGCAGUGAUGAGGCUUUCCAAAAUCCCCAUCAUUACAGGAGUGUAUUAUAUUGUGGCUGGUGUGAGGGCGGGCGAAGGGGCUGUGAUCACCAGAGACCGAAAGGGACCCGCUGAUAUCUGGCCACUGGAACCUCUGGAUGGAGGAUGGUACAGAGUAGAGACAAACUUUGACCACUGGCUUCCGCCCCCCGCCAGGGAUCAUCGCAGGGAUACAGCCAACAAAGCAUUAAAUGCUACGGGCCAAGCUCACAUCAACAUCGAUUCACUUUAUCAGGUUUUGUCGCUGUAUCCGGUGUGCAAUAGAAUUACUGUUUACACAACAAUAAUGAGUGCAGCAACACCUGAGAAAUACAAAACCGUUGUUAGGACACAGGGCUGCCAUAACACUGACUGAAUGUAAGAUUAGGACCAUAAAAGCCUUCAGAAGUCUACACAAAACAAAAUUUUUGCUUCAAAAAGUCUUUGUGUUGUUUGAACAUUACAGCAUGGUAAUUUUCACAUAACAUAGUCAAUAUGAUGGCAUUUUAAUUGAAAUGAGCGUAAAUAUUAUUGACAAUUACUCUUUUCCUUUGUCUGGUUAAAGCCAUUGACUGCAAUAAUUGAUCAAUUACAGAUAUUUUCCAUCCAUCCAUCCUAAUAAAAAAUAUUACUUCAGUGACUGUCAUCUACAAUCGCAUGCAUUUGUUUCCAUGUCUCACAAAGGUCAAGAUAUUCUGUACAAACUGAGUUAAUUCAAGUUGAGAGCUGAGAUUUGAAAGGUGAAUAAAAUGAAAACUGAAUAAAAAAAAGGGAAUAA